CAGCCAGCCAACAACAUAUAUUAUUAUUACCGCCAUGCAUAUAUAUAUGUAUAUAUAAAUCCAAAACCUUAAACUUGGAAGAUCAAUUAUAUUGGAAGUUUAAGGCCCGCGAUUAUAUAUAAUAUAAUGGUGCGGAAUUUGAGUUGGUUGGCGGUGUUAUUGUUAUUGUUGUUGGGGGGAGCUGAGGGGUUUAUCGGUAUGCAAUGGGGAAGAUACGCGACGCAGAGCUUGGUGCCAUCAAUGGUGGUGGAUUUGCUUCUGCAGAAUGGGAUAAAGGAGAUCAGACUGUCGUCGCCGUCCCCCAACGUGAUGGAGGCGUUGCAGAGCUCCGAACUGGGCGUCACCGUCGCCUUGCAGAAUGAUUUCAUCAAACGCGACAAAUUCUUGGAAAAUAUCAAAGACGUUACCUCCUGGGUGCAAGAGCUUCUCGUCCCGCCUGUACAGAGAGGAGUCAAUAUCAAGACAUUGGUUAUUACGGAACAACCAUACACGAUUGACCGAGGACCGAUAUGGAACCUCACUGAUGUCUUCAAAGAGACUGUAUUUGCAAUGCAAAAAUACAACCUUACGCACAUCAAGCCCACAACCAGCCAUUUCACCGACGUCUUGAAGAACAUAACCAAGCCAUCGGAAGCCGAUUUCCGCGAAGACAUCAAGGACAAGAUGCUCGAGUUUCUUAAGCUUUUGAAGGACUCAAAUUCCUUUUUCCUGUACGAUAUGUACCCAAUCAUAUCGGCCAAUGUGAGCGGCUGGCCCAUCGAGUUCGCCUUCAUGGACAACAAUUCCAGUUUCGCCAUCAAAGACGGCAAGUACACUUACCGGAACGCCUUCGAGUUCAUGCACGACGCGCUGGUGGUGGCGCUGGAGAAAGCAGGGUAUCCGCACAUGGAGAUCGUGUUCGGGGAGAUCGGAUGGCCAACGGACGGCGGGAAGCACGCGACUCCGGAAAAUGCGGAACGGUUUCACCGAGGGUUUCUGAAGCAUAUAGUGGAGAAGAAAGGGACGCCGAGGCGUCCGGGGAAGAAUAUCGACGUUUUCCUGGGAUCGUUGACGGACGAGAACAAAUUCGCGCUGAGAUUGGGGCCGAUUCUGCGGCACCGGGGGAUCUACGACUUCGACGGGACGGCCAAGUACAAGAUCGACUUCAGCGGCAAAGGGCGCGACAUCUAUCCGGCCACCGCCGCCGGCACCGUGAAAAUGCCGUCGCGGUGGUGCAUCUUCAACAACGACAACCGCAACAUGACCAAAGUGGAUGAGCAAUUCCAGGUGGCUUGUACCUAUUUCGAUUGCACGUCCCUCGGCCCCGAUUCUUCGUGCAGUAACCUCACCCGCCCCUCCGCUGUGUCUUAUGCUUUCAACAUGGCUUAUCAGGGUAUGAACCAGGAUCAGAAGAGCUGUGAUUUUGCAGGGUUGGGUGCACUAACCCCUUUUGAUCCUUCAGUGGGUUCUUGUAAAUUCCCAGUGGAGAUUUUGACUGCGGAGAGGGUAGAUGGUGGCAUUCAAAUCAUCACUUAUGUUGGUUAUGCCAAAUCCAGUGGUGACAGACUAAAAUGUUACACAACACUACAAGUAUUGUUGCCCAUUGGUCUUAUGUUAUUAUUUAUGUUUAAAAAACAGUUGGAUUUUUUAGUUUGAGCGUCAAUGUUUAUGAUACGACCUAGGACAUGCACGAGACGGAUGAGGUGCAUAAAUUUGAUUAUGUUCAAGUCAUACGUGUAUAUAUAAAUCUCUAUUGUAUAACAGUAGAAUGUAUGGAAUGUAUCUAUUGUAUGACAAUAUAUAUCUAUUUCAUUUGUUGAGCCGGUGUAGCUAUACGAGUAUACGGUGGUGGAAGACAAGCUCUGUAACCUGCCGGCCAAUUGUUUUAUUUAUUUUUAUUAUUUUAA